CUUCGCGCCGUUUGCUUUACUCCGAUUUCUCUCCAAUGGCCGCCGACGGAACCAAAAGGCCUCAACCUUCAAUCCUUCCGCCUCGUAAGCUCAAUGUCCAGAAAUUCGCCGAAUCGCGAGCCUCCGAGCUCGACGCUCUUCACUCCAUAGUAUCGAAACGACUGAAGGAGGAUUUUCGCUCGCAGAGGAACAAGCGGCGGAGGACGACCUCCUACGACAACCAAGCUGCUAAAUGGAGAUACAGAAAGAGGCAGAAAUCUGAUUCUUCCGACAUUGCUGGUGUUUCCUCUGAGGAUAAUGAGAGAGGCAAUGAAAGACGCGUCCCUCGCCGAGUUCGCCGGAGAGAGGAACUCCGGAAGAAUCCCGAGCAUGGUUUCAUUACCUCCGGCGACAGGACCAAGAGGUUGAGGACGCAUGUUUGGCUGGCUAAGAGGUUUACGAUGACGAAGCUCUGGGGAUUCCAUCUUCCUCUUGGUUUGCACGGCAGAGGAAAGGGCUCUAGAGCGGCAUUGAGGUGGUUCAAUGAGGGAGCUGUUGUUCAUGAUGCAAGUUACCAUUCAGCUGUCCAGCUGGAAGGUCCAGAGGAUUCUUUGUUGUCGGUUCUGAGGAUGGUGAUGGUGCCUUCUUUGUCGUCUCAAUCCGCGGAUGCUUUCAGCUCUGUUCUGUCUGGAGUUAGUUAUGGAACUGCAAUGCUUCAUCAUGUAGGACAGCCCACUUCUCAAGCAAUAGCACCAGUGAGUUACUUGUGGCGUCCCUCUCCUGUUGUGAGUGGGGAGAAAGGUGGCAAUGAGCAUAGUUCUAUGGAAGGUGAUAUGCUUCAGAGCUCGGAGCCUUGUUGUUCCUCUCGUCAGCUAUGGGUUUGGAUACAUGCUUCAGCCUUUACUGAGGGAUAUGAUGCCUUAAAAUUCGUGUGUCAGAAAAUGAAUGACGGAAAUGUGUCAAUUACAUGUUGUUCACUUGAAGGUCAACUUGCUAAAAUAGAAGUUAUGGGAGCGAAAGCAUCUCAGCUUCUUCAAAGGAUAUUGCAUCCUAUUUCUGGCACAAAUUCAGAACCUCCUUGCUCCUUGAAGAAUUGUUCUUUUGUGGAGGAUCAGCAUGACAGUCAACUAUUUAAGUCUUCUACUCCUGAGCAUGACUUCCUCCCAGGUUCCUCUCUUUUAUAUCUUACCGUGAAGGAUCCGCGUUGCCUCCACGACAACAGGACUGCAGAUCCUUCAGAGUCAUCUCCUCCCAACAAUGUGGUUGAUAUUGAAGUUAAAGAAAAAGCUGAAGAGCUACUUCUAUUGCAUGAGUCAAAAUCCGAGGAAACUUACCAUAUUUCAGAAAAGAAUCUAUGGGAUGUUAGAGCUGGGGAUAAUAUUCCUAUUGAUGAGCAUGUACUAUGCAUGGAAAAACAUCAAAUGCGAAGGGAUUAUAUUUGUGUCAAUGAUCCAAAGUUGGGAAUUCCUAAAGUGUGCACUAAGGUGCAGGGUUCAAGAUCAUGUCCUAUAUUGGUUCUGAAAAACCAUAACAAAAAGGGCCAACCCUUGGGAUGGUCAAUUAUAGUUCCAGUAAGCUGGGCCCGGAUCUUCUGGAAUCAGCUUGUAUCCAAGGAAGCUCAUGCAAUAGGUCUGAGAGAGAAACAGUGGAUAGCAUGUGAAGUCGGGUUGCCUUAUUUUCCAUCAGAUUUCCCUGAUUGUAAUGCAUACUGGUCUCUUAAGAUUGCUGAGGGGACCAGUACAAGCAAGAAGGAAGAACUAAAACCUCUUGCUGUAAAGUCUUUCGAAGUUCCCAUUCCACCACCAUGGAAUACUGUCCGUGCUAGCCUUGGGAGAGAAUUCAACGGAUUGCAAGUAGCGGUUCACAGUGAGAAAGAUACCAUUAGUAGCAGGCUUAAUGGAUUUGUAGCAAGAACUUCAAGUUUGAUGCUGGACAUCUUGAAGGAAAUCCAGGGUGAUAACUUAUUCCUGUUCCCUCAAGUCCCCAAUUCAGACUCGAGGUUGUUGGCAUCAAUGAAGGAUGAAAUCAAAGUUGGCAAUGGUGUGGAUGAUUGUAGUGAGCCUAUAAACAAUGAUCAUCAUAAACUAUGUUUCCUCAGAGUUCUCCUCAAUACAUUCAAGGAAGGCGUCAUUGAAGAAGGAGCUGUCGUGUGUGCCCCACUUGCUAGUGACAUUUCUCAUUGGACUAAAAGUGGCACUGGCAGGUUACAGAACCUCGACUUCAAGCUUCGACUCCCUGACUCUUCAGUGAGGUCAUACUUCCAAAAGCAUUCUUCAGGACAGUGGGACCUGCAGAUCCCACAAGAUCCUGCUGUUAUGGAAUCUCAUCGAUGGCCCAUCGGUUUCGUGACAACUGGAUUCGUCCGAGGAAUCAAGAAGCCAACAGCAGAAGCCUUCUGCGAGGCGAUGCUACUCUCCCGUCUGAGAGAAGAACAGUGGAAGGAAAUGCCUGUGGAUGAGAGGACGAAAGAAAUCUACGUCCUCGUCAGAAAUCUGAGAUCUUCGGCAUAUCGACUCGCUCUUGCUACUGUAGUCCUUGAACAACAAGAACAUGACGUUGAUUUCUUGUAACUGCAGGUUGUACGUUAGACAUGAGCUACUCACAAUUAAAAAGUACAAUUGAAUCAACGUUAUAACUCUAAAAAAACAUUGUAAUGAUCGUUUUCAAAUUGAAACCAUACAACAUCACAAGGACCAUAACUCAAUCAUGGCUAAAACGUUAUAACUCUUUUAAUAAAUUUUUCUGAUUGAACCACUGAUACGAUUUUGCCUACAUGUUCUUCAUAAAGUUUGUCCCGACGAUUCUUUCACAAGUUCACCGGUGGUGCUAUGCCAACCUUGCCAAUCCUGAGAUAAACAGGAAACUUGACAACUUUCACCUGAUUCUCUCCACCAUCGUCAUUCCAAGCUCGCCGGAACUUCUCCAUCACGGCAUCUCCCAAGAGCUCCACCCCUCUCUCCUUCGCCGUCUGAUACGCCGACCAAGACCUCAAGUAGGUGAAAAAGCCGUCCAAAUCCAUCCCCUGCUCCGUCACAAACUUAAACGGCCCCGUAUUGUCCGCUCCGGCCACCGCCUCGAACGGGAAGUCAACGCCGCGGUACCGGUCGUCGACCAGCUUCCGCUGUGGGUCCCAGUACGGCGCCGAGUCGAACCUGUAGAACGAGUCGAAGACCGGGUCGACCGCCGGGUCGAUCUCGGGUGUGCAGUAGCACCACGCGGCGAUCACGCCGUUGGGCUUUUUGAGUACCCAUUGGGCCUGCUUGUAGAACGACGGGAGGUCGAACCAGUGGAGGGCCUGCCCGACGGUGACGAGGUCGACGGUGGACUCGCCGGCGAUGAGGUGCGGGAGGUCGGCGGUUGGGAUGACCGGCGGAGUGCGGCCGUAGUGGACGUUUGGGAGCCUCGGGGCGUGGUCCAGCUGGGUGGAGCUCGUGUCGGUGGCGAUGACGGUCUUGUAGAUUCCGGCGAGGGAUACGGCGGCCUGGCCGCUGCCGGUGCCGGCGUCCCAAACAAGGUCGUGGGAAGGAGUCUUGGAGGCUAUGAAGUCGAAGAGUUGUUUUGGGUAGCUGGGCCUCGUCUUCGCGUACUCCGCUGCUUGCUUGAUGAACAAUUCCGCCAUCGAUUGAUUCCCUAUUUCUUCUGUUCUCUUUCUCUUUCUCUCCUCCAAAUUUUGGCGAGGAGAUAACGAAUUUGAUGAAAACAAAGGAGCUGCAAUGGCUG